UCUGCUGCCAUGGAUACCGAAUCGACAUACUCGGGAUAUUCCCACUACUCAGGUCACUCCAAAAAAGCCCACAGACAAGGGGAAAGGAGUCGGGACAGGCACAAAUCGCCACGGAGUAAAGAUGGCAGUAGGUCAGAGAAAUCUGUCACCAUCCAGACGCCUCCCGCGGAACCGCUGCUGGGGAAUGAUGCCUCUCGGACAGAAGAGGGUCAGGAUGACAACUGGGGUGAGACCACAACAGCUAUCACAGGCACCUCGGAGCACAGCAUCUCCCAGGAGGACAUUGCCAGGAUCAGUAAGGAUCUGGAGGACAGUGUUGGCUUGGAUUGCAAACGCUACCUUGGUUUAACAGUGGCUGCUGUCCUUGGACUCCUCGUCUUCCUUACCCCCAUUGCCUUCAUUCUCUUACCCCAGAUCCUGUGGCGGGAUGAACUGGAGCCAUGUGGCACCGUCUGCGAGGGACUGUUCAUCUCUGUGGCUUUUAAACUCCUGAUUCUUCUGAUUGGGACCUGGGCUCUGUUCUUCCGUCAGCCGAAGGCGGAUAUACCGAGAGUGUUCGUGUUCCGGGCCCUCCUGUUGGUCCUUAUAUUCCUGUUUGUUUUUUCCUACUGGCUCUUCUAUGGCGUCCGCAUCUUGGACUCCAAGGAUACCAAUUACCAGGGGAUAGUGCAGUAUGCGGUGUCUCUCGUAGAUGCUCUCCUCUUCAUUCACUAUCUAGCCAUUGUGCUGCUGGAGCUGAGGCAACUGCAGCCCAUGUUCACGGUCAAGGUGGUGCGGUCGACAGAUGGAGAGUCGCGAUAUUAUAGCUUGGGGCACCUGAGCAUCCAGCGAGCUGCAUUGGUGGUUUUGGAAAACUACUACAGAGAUUUCACCAUCUAUAACCCGAGCUUGUUAAUGGCCUCCAAGUCUCGCGCAGCCAAACACAUGGCUGGCCUGAAAGUCUACAAUGUGGAUGGCCCAGGUAACAAUGCUGCCGGCCAGUCCCGGGCCAUGAUCGCUGCUGCCGCCCGGCGCAGAGACUCCAGUCACAAUGAGCUUUACUAUGAAGAAGCAGACCACGAUCGCAGAGUUAAAAAACGUCGAGCAAGGCUUGUGGUUGCAGUGGAAGAGGCUUUCACUCACAUUAAACGUCUCCAGGCGGAGGAACAGCAGAAAGCCCCAGGUGAAGUGAUGGAUCCCCGUGAGGCAGCCCAGGCGAUUUUCCCAUCCAUGGCGAGGGCUCUGCAGAAAUACCUUCGCACCACCCGGCAGCAGCACUACCACAGCAUGGAGAGCAUCCUGCAGCACCUGUCCUUCUGCAUCACCAACAACAUGACGCCCAAGGCAUUCCUGGAGCGUUACAUCAAUCCAGGCCCAACCCUCCAAUAUGACAGGGAUCGCUGGUUCUCCAAGCAGUGGACACUCGUCAGUGAAGAAGCAGUCACAAGUGCAUUAAGGGAUGGUGUCAUUUUUGUUCUCAAGUGCUUGGACUUCAGCCUUGUAAUUAAUGUGAAGAAAAUCCCCUUCAUCAAACUCUCGGAAGAGUUCAUAGAUCCCAAAUCUCACAAAUUUGUCCUUCGCUUGCAGUCUGAGACUUCGGUUUAG